AUGAUAGUCUCUUCUGCCGUUCCAGCCACACAUGCGGCUCUCAAGAUCACCGGAACCGGCGCCGUUGCCCUCUAUGCAUCGGUACCAACACCUGUUCUCGAACCAUCAGAGAUCCUUGUCCGCGUUGUCUAUAUCUCCAUCAAUCACGUCGAUGUAAAAUCAGCAGACAUGUCACCGUCGCGUGGUGCGACUAGUGGAACCGACUUCUCUGGGGUUGUAGUAGCCCUAGGAUCGACAGUGGAAGUUGAGAAUCACACAAGGCCUUUUAAACUAGGCGAACGUGUUCUCGGGGGCGUUUUUGGCAAUAAUCCUCUACGCCUAGACAACGGUGCGUUUGCUGAAUUCGUUGCUGUUCCAGCCCGGCUUGUUUGGCACGCGCCCCAGGAAAUGGAUUUUGCAACGGCAGCAACACUACCUGCCGCAUUAGCCACAGUCGGGCUGGCGCUAUUCCGUUAUCUCCAACUCCCAAUGCCAUCCUGCAUCGCACCCAGCUACAGGGAGGGCCAACGUUGUCAUGCAUCCCCCGUCCUGGUUUACGGAGGUAGCACGGCGACAGGUGCAAUGGCGAUCCAAGUGUUAAAGCUAGCGGGAUUCACGCCCAUCACAGCAUGUUCAGCGGCCUCGGCUGCGCGGGCCCGAAGUCUUGGGGCGGCGGCAACAUUCGACUAUCACUCCCCGACGUGUGGUGUCGAAAUCCGCGAGCACACAGCAGGAUUACUAGCAAUGGCAUUGGACUGCAUCACCGACACAGCUUCCAUGCGAAUAUGCUACGAGGCACUGGGACCGUCAGGAGGGCGUUAUGUCGCGCUGGAUUCAUUUCCACUUCGAGGGCACACGCGCCGGAGCGUCAGGCCAGAUUGGGUAUGCACAUACACGCAAUUCGGACAUGCAAUCACUUGGGCGCCGCCAUACAAUCUGAGCGCACGACCAAAUGACCGAGAGGCUGCUGAAGCGUGGUAUACCGUGGCACAGUGCUGGCUGGAUGAAAACCUCAUCAAAGCCCACCCACGAGAGGAGAGAAGCGGAGGCCUGGCGGCCGUAGGACAGGGAAUGGAAGAAGUAAAGAGAGGUCAAAUCCUUGGGAGGAAACUAGUUUAUCGCAUCUCAGAGGAACUUCGCUAG